AUGCAAGUAACAGCUUUAGUAUUUAGAGAAGAUGGUCACAAGAUGACUAUUAUAUUAUUUACGGUGACAGUGAAGGGGACCAUGGACGUGAAGGCUCUGGCUGCGAAUCUAACGGAGAAGCUCAAGAGGAAGGUGGAGGUGGUCCCACCUAAGAAACCAGACAACAAGGAGAACAAUGGUGGUGGUGGUGGCGGUGAUGGCAAGAACAAGGGAGGCGAUGGUGAUGAUGGAGCAGAAUAUAGAAUGGAGUAUAUGGCAGCUCCACAUGUUCUAUUUCCAUCUGCAUAUGGAUAUGGAUAUGCUCCUGUUAUGCAUCCACAUCAUCAUGGCGGUUACAGCUAUAUGCCUGUGUAUACGUACCCGGAGCAGUUUCACUUGCAUGCACCACCACCACCACCUCAGAUCUUCAGUGAUGAGAACCCACAUGCUUGCUCUCUCAUGUGAUCAUCCUCAUCGUCAUCAUGGUUAUCAUCAUGCUCUUUAGGGAUACCCAAUAGAGACACUCUAUUUUCCUUUUCCACGGAAGCUUUUUUUUUUUUUUUAAUGCUUGUGACUUGUGAUUAAAAGUAACUAAUACUCCAAACCAGGAUUUGUUAUUAGCUAUAAUGCCAUUGUAAAUGACAAAAAAAAUUGGAAUCUCU